UGUGUCCAUCGCCUUAGCUUACAAUAAAUUACUAGUAUGACAAUAUACUAUUUGCGGUCAACGGACAUGUGGAACGAAUUAACGAACCAAAUCAUUUUCUAAACAUUUAAUUACGCACAUUACAUCCGCCAUGGCUUCCCCGCGGAAUCCGUCAAGUGCAUCGCAGAGUGCAGUUGGCCUUGCACUCUUCCAUACGCGUACCCUCAUUUAUAAAUAGGAAACUAGUGCGAAUUGUAUUCAUGAACGAAUACAGGAGGCUGUUAUCGUUUUUAUUAUUGCAUCUGUUUGUGGUAUUUCUGAGAUCGGAUGAACAGGUUUACAUAUAUUAAAAGGUGACGAUAUCGAGCGUGUUCUUACCUAAGGAUAUAGAAAUGGGUCAACAAAUCAAUCGACUGAUUAUUAUCUGCAUAAUUAUAUAUACAGCAGCGAUAAAUGGAGAAAGAUGGUAUUCAGCGACGAUAUUCGAAAACCGCUCAAACCCAGUCCCGGAAACAGGAAAUACAUUUAGAAGUAACUACAUCCAUGAUGCUGAACACCGAUAUAUGCCGUCAUCAAUUUAUAACAGGACGAUAAAUGAAUGGAGAGGUAUUACGAAAAUCGCAAACGCUACUGAUGGAACUUCGCUUGACUACGGCUAUCGAAAGGGCGAAGUUUUGUCCCAAAAUUACCAAGACCUGGCGAUUGACAAACCAAAAAAUAAACUGUUACCAACCUACCAAUACAACAACACUAUACACAACAUAAACUUGUUUAGACAUACUCAACAAAAGAGAAAAGUGAUAAGGAAAAGAUGUCCAGCAUUGCGGCCGAGACAGAAGAAACAAUUGAACAACGAGAAGACGAAGAAGUUUCUAGAAGUGUUUGAAGUAGUGGAGUUCGAUCACGUCGCUUGUACGUCGAGCAGCGGGUUGGAAGGAACGUGCCUGCAUGAGUAUGAUUGUGUUAAUGCUGGAGGAUUGCCGAUGGGCAAUUGUGCUGACGGCUAUGGGGUAUGUUGCGUGAUUCAGUUCUCUUGCGACGACGCCACCGCCGCACCUACAGGAUGGUUUGUUAACCCAGGCUUUCCCGAUCCAAGUUCUGAGAGACUAGCCUGUGCCGUAACAGUCAACAAAACUUCAGUGGACAUUAAACAGAUUCGGCUGGACUUCUUUAAUUUUGAGCUCCUACCGCCGACAGCGGGGUCCUGUGAGCAGGAUCAAUUCGUAGUAUCAGGACAGAAUGUGAACAGCAUGAUACCCAUACUGUGCGGCGUCAACACCGGCCUUCACGUUUACGUCGAGGUUGGUGACGUGAAUGGGCCAAUCACCUUAUCCAUCCAAACGGCUUCGGCGGAAAGCCGAUUGUUUGCCAUUAAGGUGUCGCAGCUUUCCCCUAGCGACGACUUAGCGGCACCGGCUGGGUGUCUUCAGUACUUCAAAGGACCAAUCGGAUACUUGGAAUCAUUUAACUACCGUGACACAUCUGACACAUCAAUAGCUAAAGCUCCAUCUUAUUUGAACAAUCUUAAUUAUGCAAUGUGCAUAGAACGGGAACUUGGGUCUUGCAGCAUCACGUACACAAAUACGGGUAUUAUGCGGAUCACUAAUUACGAUUCAGACGGCUUACCAGUUAUCCCCCCGGGUCAAGCUGGAGUGGAGAUUUUCAACUGCCCGAGCGACUGGUUGCUAAUGUCAGCGGCGAGGCUUUGCGGGGACCGGCUGAACGACGGUUCAGUUCUGCAGGACUUUGCUCUUGAUGCGCCGAUUACAGAUAAUGGCGCAGGCCCCAUAGUUGUGUGGUUCAGGUCCGAUGAAGGAUAUGUUGCUCGCGGUUUUAGAUUACAAUAUCAACAAAACUCAUGUAAUGCUUAAACGUAGAAAACCAGUG